UUUCCGGGACAGAACAAACAAAGGUGUCUUGUGCUCUGACGCCGCUACAUGUGUUGUGCUAGCUUUCCACACAUUGAAUCUGUUCAGUGCAGUUCUCUCUCUAUUUUGUUUAUUUUAACAUUCAAAACGUCGUACGCAAUGAGAGGAGACCGCGGCAGAGGCCGGGGGGGCCGCUUUGGUGGCCGCGGAGGACUUAUUCAGGGCUACCGCCCAUUUGUACCACACAUCCCGUUUGAUUUUUAUGUGUGUGAGAUGGCGUUCCCCAGAGUAAAACCUAUGCCUGAUGAGACGGCUUUCAGUGAAUGUCUGCUGAAGAGAAACCAGGACCUAAGCCCCACACCUGCAGAGCAGUCCUCCAUCUUGUCUUUAGUCACAAAGAUUAAUAAUGUCAUCGACAACCUGAUUGUAGCACCUGGGAACUUUGAGGUGCAAAUUGAAGAGGUCCGUCAGGUUGGCUCAUACAAGAAGGGUACCAUGACAACUGGACACAAUGUUGCUGACCUGGUUGUCAUCCUGAAAAUCCUCCCAACCUUGGAGGCAGUAGCUGCUCUUGGGAACAAAGUGGUGGAGACCCUUCGCACUCAGGACCCCACAGAAGUGCUGUCCAUGCUGACCAAUGAGACAGGAUUCGAGAUCAGUUCAGCUGAUGCUACCGUGAAGAUUCUCAUCACCACCGUUCCACCCAAUCUGCGCAAGCUUGACCCAGAACUGCACUUGGACAUCAAGGUGCUACAGAGCGCCCUGGCUGCCAUCCGCCACGCCCGCUGGUUUGAGGAGAAUGCAUCUCAGUCAACAGUCAAAGUAUUGAUCCGCCUUCUAAAAGACCUCAGGGCCCGUUUCCCUGGUUUUGAACCUCUGACUCCAUGGAUCCUGGACCUGCUGGGUCAUUCUGCUGUGAUGAACAACCCAUCCAGGCAGCCCCUGUCCCUGAAUGUGGCCUACAGGCGUUGCCUCCAGAUGCUGGCUGCUGGUCUCUUUCUUCCUGGCUCUGUUGGUAUUACUGACCCUUGUGAAAGUGGAAACUUCAGGGUGCACACAGUCAUGACUCUGGAACAGCAGGACAUGGUGUGUUUCACAGCCCAGACAUUGGUCAGAGUGCUUUCUCAUGGAGGUUAUAGAAAGAUCCUCGGCCUGGAGGGAGAUGCCAGCUACCUGGCUGUUGAGAUGUCUACAUGGGAUGGUGUGAUUGUCACUCCGUCAGAGAAGGCAUAUGAGAAACCCCCAGAGAGGAAAGAAGAGGAGGAUGAAGCUCUGGAAGAGGGAGGGGAUGGAGAGGAUGAGAGUAUGGAGACCCAGGAGUAAGGAGACAGAAGCUAAAGUUACGACCAGCAUGGAAGGCAACUCUGGUGUGAACUUUGCUGGGCUUAAUAAAUGUGUGGUAUUCUGAAGAACCCACCAAAGGAGCUGCACUGGAAGCCAGACCUUUUUGAAAAUGUAACUUUAAAAAAAAAAAAAAAAAAAAGUCCUUUUAUAAUUAUGUCUUUCUUUUCCUUGUUUUUUCUCCCUUUUUCCUGUUCUCCUGUUUUUAGUUCUUUGUAAAGGAUGAAUAAACAGUUUUUGUUUGGGUUACGUAUUUGUGCAUGAAGCAAUCAAGUGUAAUAAAAAUAGCAGAGCAGCUGUUUACUGCAUCAUCAAUAACGGAAGUGGGUUUUCUCUAAAACAAAACCCUGAAGAAAAAUAAAUUCUAAAAUCUCUCUGCAUGUCUAACAGUUGGGGGACCCAUAGAAAGUUGUCAUUCCUUAGUGUCACCAAGACUAGGCUUUUAGCAAAGUAGGAAUGUGUGGGGUAGGAAAUAAUUUGAAUGUCAAUAAAAUACAGAAGGUUAUCUGGA